AGUUGGGGUGACGAGAAUGUGAGAGGGGUCCGGGGCGGGAGGAGAGUCAGGAAGCCACUGAUGCCUAUCCCUGCUUUGUCCCCACAGAUCCCAGUUGCCUCACGCCCAAUCACAAAGCCGGACAUAACUUCGCCUGCCCCAAAAGGAUUGCUUGCCAGCCACGCAGAGAAGAAGUGUUCGUCAGGAUUCUAUCUGUCAGAACAGAGCAGAGAGUGUACACCAUGCACUGAAAAAGAGGGUUUCACCCGUAGUUCCAACCGCCUCUCUUCUUGCCACCCCUGCUCUAACCGCCCUGCAGAUAAAGUACAAAUAGCUGCAUGCACCAGGACGAGUGACACCCAGUGUCAGUGCAAGAAUGGCACUUACCAGGAUAAGGAUUCUCCUGAGUACUGCCAACUGUGCAGCCCAAGGUGCCCUGAUGGCAAGGUCAAGGCCAGGGACUGUGGCCCCUUCAACAACCUCGAGUGUGUGGACCAAAAAUCAGGUAUCCAGGCCCAUGGGGAGGCCCCAGUUCCUGGAGAGCCAGUGACCACCAGCCUGGAGGCACCCACUGCUCCCUCUGUCUCCUCAGGCACACCAUGGUUGGGGAUCGUGCUUGGGCUUGUAGGCCUUGCCCUGCUGGGCACACUUGUAUAUUAUUGCUACAGGGGCCGUAACCAUACAGGUUCUGGAGCGGCCAUCAAGAGCAGGAGCAGAGGCUGGUUUGGUGUCUUACGAACCCCAGGAGAGGCUGAGGCUCUGGACAAUGCCCGCAACCUGGCCAAGAGCGACAGAGACUCAUUGUCCUCUGAGCAGGAACAGGAAGAGCUGGCAGGUGGCCUGGCGCAGCCUGCAGGAGAAACCCAGCUUCUACUGGGACCGACUGGCACAGACGGGUCUCAGAUGAAAAGGAAGCUGCUGGUUCCAGCGAACAACGAGAACCCCAUAGAAACCCUGAGGGAGUGCUUCUAUGAGUUCUCAAGGAUCGUGCCCUUUACUCGCUGGGAGCCGUUCAUGAGGUUGGUGGGCCUCCCGGAAAAUGAUAUCUCCAUCGCCAAAGCACAAGUGUCGAACCACCGGGAUGCCUUGUAUCUCAUGCUGACCACCUGGAUCAACAUCAAGGGGAAGGCUGCCUCAGUCAACACCCUACUGGACAGCUUGGACACACUGGGGGAAACGAAAGCCAAGGAGGAGAUGCAGGACUUCCUGCUGGAGUCCGGAAAGUAUGUCUAUGAAGUGCGUGAAGAAGGUUCUGCUGUUUCCCAGUGAAAAGAAUUUCUUUUGGAGAUCAGACCUUUCCUAGUUUAUCUUUUCUCCUGAAAGGGAAAUAGACUGGACACUACAUGCCUGGCCAGUGCGGCUCAGUGGUUGAGCAUCAACCUGUGAAUCAGAAGGUCAUGGA